AUGCCUCAUGGAUUGUACAUGCUGUCAAAGAUGAACUCCCUGAACAUCAUCACCUCUCGCGUCUCUCCGCCGCCCAGCCCGGUUGCUUCGCGAUCUAACUCCAUCAGCUCCCUGGGUUUAGCCGUACAAUCCGACGACCAGCGCGGCGGCGAAAGCGCAGAGAACCACGGCGACGAUGACCAAGACGACGAGACGUUUCCACUCGAGAAGUCCGCCUUCGAGCAGCGCAACGACAGCCAUGGGAUGGACCUCGCCAGCGAAGCAACGCCGUUGAUAGGCGAAUCGACAGACCCGAGCUUGAGGUCAACCACAUGGCACUCCCUGCCGCGGCGCAUCGCUGCCGGUUUCAUCAACUCGCUCCGCUGGGUCUUGUCCAUAUUGGCCGUCCCGGGUGUCUAUCUGAUCUCAUGUUUGUGCGACGAACGAGGAAACUUUGCGCCCUUCUUUCAGUUUAAAAAGCUGUUGGGAUUUCACGACGGAAACGGGAAGCUUGCGACAGACUACCCUGACGCCAUGGACGAAAAGUCUGGUCGCCAGGGAAGUGCUGGAUAUGGAGGCGUUACUUACUCGAGGCCAAUGGGAUCCUCUGGGUCUUCUUCGUCAGGUGUAUCUUCGGAAUCAGAAUCGGAUGCAGACCGCCAACGCCGGGGUUCUUCUAGUCGGCACUCCCGCUCGAAAUCCGCUUCCGAGGAGAUUGCGCCUGCACGGAGGUCCAUACGCAUAAAACUACACAGCGAUGAUGCCCUGCCUCAGCGUAAGCAUAGGAAAACGCAAUCUGCAGCAGCACGCUCCAAGGGCAACGGCGAACCCGGCUCCUCCGACAUAUCCGCACAGCUCAAGUCGCCGACAUCUCCCGCUGGCGCGCUGACCCGUUAUCCCAAGACGCCGGCCCCGCCUCGCCCCUUAAUUCCUCGCAGACAGCCUUCGUACCUCAACCUUGAACCUUCGACCGACCCCAAAUACCAGAAGACGCUGAUUCUGGACCUCGACGAGACUCUGAUUCACAGCAUGUCCAAGGGGGGACGCAUGAGCACCGGGCACAUGGUUGAGGUCAGACUGAGUCAGACCUACGUGGGCGCCGGAGGACAAACGUCUAUCGGACCGCAGCAUCCUAUUCUCUACUGGGUCAACAAGCGCCCGCACUGCGAUGACUUCCUGCGCCGGGUUUGCAAAUGGUACAACUUAGUUGUCUUCACAGCUUCGGUUCAAGAAUACGCAGAUCCCGUCAUUGACUGGUUGGAAGCCGAGAGGAAGUUUUUUUCGGCGCGAUACUACCGACAGCACUGCACAUUCCGGCAAGGAGCCUUUAUCAAAGACCUCAGCUCGGUUGAACCAGAUUUGAGCAAGGUUAUGAUCUUGGACAAUAGUCCGUUGAGUUAUAUGUUUCAUCAAGAUAAUGCGAUUCCUAUCCAAGGGUGGAUCAACGAUCCGACGGACAACGACCUCUUGCACCUGGUGCCACUGCUCGAAGGUUUACAGUAUGUUUCGGAUGUGAGGGCGCUACUUGCAUUGCGCGGAGGCGAGGACGGUCAGCACAUGGCGUAG